GUGUUUAUGGUGGUGAUAUACGAUCAAUGUUAGACAAACAGAACGGAUCGAUAGUGGUGCAGUGUUGUGAUAAGUUUCCAAUUGACGACAUACCGGCAUCGGUUGUCCGAUAUUUUCGCAAUACCUCGUGUCGCCAUCUGCCGAGGGACGACGUGAUUGUAACUGUAGUAAUUUUGAUCCCGAAGGGGCAAACAUUCCUCCAGUUGGUUACAACAAAUCGAAACGAACAGGGACAAUAAUAAUUUGAAACUUGAGAGUCGUGUACUGCGGGUAAUCACCAACCGAGCGACCUCGAUCGCGAUCGGUUCCGCUGAUUCAGGCAAAGCGUACUCUAUAUAGGUAUAAUUUAAAAUUGUUUAUGAAAUCUAGCAUUUUAACCCGUUGCCUCUGAUAAGCCACUGCGCACUGUUGUUGUUGGUAUGCGACUGUUGUGAGAGGUUGACGCGCGGAAGAGAGAGGCGGGGAAUAAACAAGCAAGAAGUGCAAUACUGUGUGAAACCAAUACUAGGAUGCAUUUUGGAAGUGUGUGAGUAUAUGUGAGAGCUAGAGAAGAGAGAGGAUAGGUAAAUGAAUGAAACUUGUGUGAGUGUGAAUCAUAGUAGGUGUGUCGCGAAGCCUAGAACUAACACAUGGCUGCCUUAGAUCAAGGAAGAAUAGCCUGGAGGAAAGCUUUUGAUGAUAAAUUAUUGCGAUUGAAUGAUUUAUUUCAUGGGUCGCAAGUGCGGAUUUUGCGAGAGAAAGGUUAUCUUUGAAUCGUUUGGCACGUGAUUUAGGAAAUCACUGUGAGAGACUCAACAUCUCCGUUUCGUGCGCUCUCUCCCUCUCUCUUGUCUGGAGGUAAAAGGGCCGAUCGGCAUCAGCAGAGAAUGAGCGUGCACGUCUAUGAUCGUCCUGACUGACUACCGCUGAAGCCGGGUCGAUGAUGGGUAGAUCACGUUAAAUAUGUUAAGAGUGAUUUGAACAAAUCAGUUAUUGUCAGUUUGAACUCGGUUAAGUGAAGAUCGAGGGUAUCAAGAGUGGUGCUUUGUUUGUUCAUUCAGAUAGAGAUCGCAGUUUUUUCAUUAGUUUAAAAGGAUUUUGGACGCGAGAAGAGAGAAAAAGACGUACGUGAUCAUCGCUCGUAUCUGGAGUUUAAUUUUGGAGUUUCUUCACAGAGAAUGGACCCGCCGUCAUCUGUGACUGCGUUGACGUCUACGUCGCGAUCAACUGCAGACGAUCAACAACCCGUAGACAAAGUAGGCGAGCAGCGAUCAACCGACCACGCUGCCGUGGAUGAAAUGCUCAAUUCGAAAGCGUUCACAGUGCCACGUGUUCCCACAGCCGACGAUGAUGGCACAGUGGAAAAGUACAAACUAACCGGCAAGCGGCUGGGCCGCGGAGUUGCCGAAUCCGGGUUAACGCACGAGUGCGGAGUAUUCGGAGCGAUCGCGACAGGCGAAUGGCCUACGCAGAUCGACAUCUCGCAGGUUAUCUGCUUGGGGUUGGUAGCCCUGCAGCACCGAGGACAGGAAUCGGCUGGUAUCGUUACCAGCGAGGGCAAAUGUGCCAAGAACUUCAACGUCCACAAGGGCAUGGGUAUGAUUAACAAUAUCUUCACGGACGAUUCGAUGAAGAAACUGAAGGGUAAUUUGGGUAUUGGCCACACGAGGUACUCGACCUCGGCGGCAUCCGAAGAGGUCAACUGCCAGCCGUUUGUAGUCCACACUGCCCAUGGAGUGCUGGCGGUGGCUCACAACGGCGAGCUGCUCAACUGUGAGAGUUUGCGCAAGGAUGUUUUAUCCCGAGGUGUUGGCCUAUCGACGCACAGUGAUUCAGAGCUGAUCACUCAGGCCCUCUGCCUGAAUCCUCCAGAUGGGGAAGAUGAUGGACCGGAUUGGCCCGCGCGUAUCAAGCACCUCAUGCAGUUGGCUCCUCUCUCCUAUUCCCUGGUCAUCAUGUUGAAAGACAAAAUCUACGGAGUACGAGACCCCUACGGAAACAGACCGCUGUGCAUUGGAAAGAUCGUCCCGCUGAGCAUUGGAUCCUACAGACAAGAAAAGGUAGACAAGCUGGCCGCCGAGGGUUGGGUCAUCUCCAGCGAGAGUUGCGGAUUCCUGUCCAUCGGAGCACGCUACGUCCGGGAAGUUCAACCGGGUGAAAUCGUUGAGCUGACCCGCGAAGGAAUCAAAACGAUCGACAUCGUCGAGUGUCCGGAGAACCGACGCCACGCCUUCUGUAUCUUCGAGUACGUCUACUUCGCUCGGUCGGAUUCCAUCUUCGAGGGUCAGAUGGUUUACUCGGUGCGGUUGCAGUGCGGCAGACAGCUAGCUCGCGAAGCCUACGUAGACGCGGACAUCGUGAGCUCGGUCCCGGAAUCGGGAACGGCUGCUGCCCACGGUUACGCCAGAGAGACUGGCCUUCACUUUGCGGAAGUGCUCUGCAAGAAUCGCUACGUCGGGCGUACCUUCAUCCAGCCUUCGACGCGGCUCCGGCAGCUCGGUGUGGCGAAGAAGUUCGGUGCUCUCUCGGAGAACGUUUCCGGCAAGCGGCUGGUGCUGAUCGAUGACUCGAUCGUACGAGGCAACACCAUCGGACCGAUCAUCAAGCUUCUUCGGGACGCUGGUGCGCGGGAAGUGCACAUCCGCAUUGCCAGUCCACCGUUGCUGUAUCCGUGCUACAUGGGUAUCAACAUUCCGACGCGGGAGGAACUGAUCGGCAACAAGUUGAACCCGGAGGAACUGGCCAAGUACGUCGGAGCGGACAGUUUGGCCUAUCUGAGCGUGGAUGGACUGAGGAAGGCUGUGCAGUUGAACAUGCGCAAGAGCAAUCCGGAAAAGGUGGGACACUGCACGGCCUGCCUGACCGGAGACUACCCCGGUGGACUGCCCGAGGAUUUGGAUUGGUGAGGGCGGGAGGACGGGGGAUUUUUUUUUUCGUUUCUUUCCGUAUAUUUUAGGUUCUGUGUAGUGCUUCGUCAAGCUCAACUGACGUCAUGACAUAUCUAAUUCGCUAUUGGUCAUGGGAUAGAGAUGUAUUGCCUAUAUUUAGGAUUACAGUGUGUUAAAAUGUCCGAUCUGAGAUCUGCAAUGACUAUAUUAUAGCAAGACUAUAACAUUUAAUAAAGGCUAGAAUUCCUUAACCA